AUGGCUGGUGUGAAACAUGUUAUGGCAAAGUAUAGACUACAAACAGACAAUCUGGGAAAACAAAACCAGCCAUCUUACAAGCUGCAGCUUGAGAAUACUAGAUAUGCCAUGUUGAGAAAAGAAGUUGCAGAAAAGACCCAUGAAUUGAGGAAACUGAGGGGAGAAGAGCUUGAGGGACUUAAUCUGGAAGAGUUAAUGAAACUGGAAAAAUUGCUGGAAGGAAAAUUAAGUCGUGUCCUAAGAACAAAGUGUGAGAAAAGUAUAAAAGAGAUUGGUGCUCUUAAGAAAAAGGAAGCCCAAUUGAUGAAAGAGAAUGCGUUGUUGGAACAGCAAACUCAUGUUGAAACCAAUGUUCUUCCACAAGGGCAUUCGUCAUGGGCAAUUGCCAACUACUCAGCUGAUCCUCCUCAGGGCUACGACAGCUUUGACACUUCCCUCAAGUUGGGCCCACCUUUCCCCAACUGA